AGGAUGCACAUUUCGGCACAACACCUGUGUUCAGUUCAAAGGGGGGAUCAAAUGAUGUGUGUUGGCACCACUUAGCGGCAGCUUGUUGUUAGCUCUCUCCGGUUGGGCCAGUCUGUUCGGGGCAGAUUAAUCUUUGGCAUCAGGACAGGUAUCGUGAUGCCUCAGAGUAGUCUGAACUUGGAGGGUCGACAGAAGGGAUUAUACGACCACUCAUGUGAAACCAACCAUCGCCUCAAAAGUCAGAUCCCAGGCAGGCGUUUGGUGAACAGAGCAGUAAAUCGGUAUGCCACUAGAACCAGUGAGAGCUCAAAAGUUGGCUCACUGGAUUUUCCCAAACCACCCUGCCUGGUGAACGGUUAUGGACACCAUGGAUACAGGAGCACAAAACCACCUCAUCCAAGGAAUUACAGGAGACCAAAGUACCCGUUUUCCCCAGUGGGCAGUGCCUCAGCAGCUGGAAGGGUAGGAGACGUAAAGGUUCUGGACGGUAUCCCUACCAAAGGUGCCACCAAGCCAGGUGAUGAUCAUCUGAGUGGUAAGUCGGAACAAGCGGCACCAGAUCCCGGUUCAUUGGCACCAAAGAAGAAUCCAAGGAGAAAGAAAAACUUUAGACACAAAGAGAGAGAUGACAAAGCCUCCUCUUCAGAUAAAGCUCCGCCCCCGAUGCCACAGCAAGAGGAGGAAGACUGGGAGAAGGAAAUCCAAGAGGUCGAAGCCAAAAACUGGGAAAAGAUGUGCUUUGGCAUCAUACCAUAUGAUCCCGAGGAUGUGAUCCACUUCUUGUUGCGGGAUCUGUCGCUUCGACCGGCCAUGGCGGACGUGCCGGUGACCAACGCCUACAUCCCGGCCAUUCACCACACACGCCCCAUCCCAUGCGUUCCCCUCCACGCCCGGCCUGAGCCCGACCAGUUCGCUGACGUUGAACUGUGAGCCAGACAUGUUGCAGACUCAUCAACAAAACGUGGAACAUUCUGGUUCCUGUUUUUCUAGCUGACACGUUUAGUGUAGUAGAAUAUUUAAUUAGCAUUAGGCUUUUAAUUUGCUCACAUAGGGCUUUAGUUGCAGUAAAUACGUCAUAUAAGGUAGCAUCAAAAAUAUUCACGUUACAUGAAGGUUGUAAAUGGAAUCUUAAGUUGUAAACAGUUUUGUUUGUAGAUUCUCUGUUCGUAUAGAAAUUGUAAAUUCGGCUUAAUCUUUAAUUUUUCGCACAGCGAAUUUCUGUAAAAAAUUUAUGAAGUUCUGUCCUAUAAGUACAGUGAUGCUAGUCGUCAUAUAGUUCCAUAUUUAUUUUUCACACUUUUAUCAUUUUAAGAGUUUUAACGUGUUAUUUGUUCUGCAUUCUAGAAGAAUAAUCAGCUGCGUAGUUCAUAAACUCCACACGUUGACAGCAAAGUCAUGAAGUUGAUGUUUAAUUUAACAGUUACGGUAGAGACGAGUUCACGGACCGCUGGUGUGCAGCAACAACCUUGUUUUCUGCCUGUUUGUGGGAUCGGUUUCAUUUUCUCAACUAGAAUAAAUCCGAUUAUCUUCAAACUGA